AUGCCUCACACGGGUGCAGCUUCACCUUCGAUGCGCCGUACGGAACAUAGCGAUAGUGAAAAUUCUGAUGUAGAGGAUGCCGUGACGGUGAACGCACAGACCGGCAUUAAUGACUACAGUGAAGCGAAAAAUGAUUCCGAUCAUUCUCUAAACGAUGGCAGGUCCAAUAGCAGCGAUGGGAAUAGUUCCUUUGUUGGCAAAAUUCGUUCCAACUUCUCGGGUAUGUUGUCCGUACUGUUACCACCGGUGCGUCAACGCAAACAAAGCGGUAGGUUGACACAGGAACGCCAGCCAUCGGAGCCGCUCUCCAACACGAAGGACAAUUUAGAUGAGCAGUAUGAAGAACAAUUAUCAAUCGAUCUAAGGAAGCGACCACAUUCACCAAACUCGGCUGAUGCCGAUGUCGUCAUUAGCGAUAACCGUACUUAUGAAAUGAUCAGAAAACGACCCCGACUGCGUGAAAAAUGGAACGCCAACGAGGAGGAAAGCACACGCCCUACAUCCGCUACACUCAGAACACAGACAGCACGAACAGAAACGUCCAACUCGUCCAACACAAGUCAACGUCUUCGUGGAUUGAUGAGCAGUAACACAGCCUACGUCAGACGAAUGCAACAGACGCGCAGUGGCUAUACCCACCAGACGCUUUUCGGUUCCUCGCACCUUAAAUCCACCAAAGACAGGAACGAUUCGGUCGCGUCUUCUCGGCGCCCAUCCUUUAACAUUUCCGUUGCCAAGAUGUCAAAAUCGCUGAGCAAUGGGUGGAUUCCGCCCGAGUACGGUGGAUCACCGUUUUACGAAGGCUUUACCCGGUUCGGAGGUGCAUCCUCAGCACGAACGCUAGCCACCCACGGUCCAUCGCGUCCGGCCGUUACCGUACUGGUGAAAAAGUCGCACCCAGGCGUCAAAGCGCAAUCGCUCCCAGAUGCACAGAGGGAAGCAAAGCCGGAAACAUAUACAUCCGCCAUGUCUUACCCUUCGCGGCGAAUCCUUGAGAUAGUGGACGAAUAUGCCGCGAGAAGUUCGUCAGCCAAACGUGAGAAAAUUGUUUCAUACCCAGAUUUACGCAAACCACGAACACUGCAAAUGCUAAAUCUAAUACGCUCGCAACAGUCGGAACGUUCGGAACAGUCGGAAAAUACGACACAACCGCCUCAGCCACCGACGGUACCCUUGAUGGAGUAUACGCUUCCAUCGCACGUCGAUAGCCCGACCAACCCGAUACGUCAAGACGAACCGAAAUCGACCGGUGGCAAGCAGAUGACGAAAAAGACACGCCUGCACGCGGACCCGAUAAAGGAGCGAGAUGUGGACACGGUGGAGCCGAUUCAGCUGCCAAAUUUGAAACUACCGCUACUGAUUGAGGGAAUGCCUAAGUUCGAUUUUAUCGUGCCGAUGAAGGGACCAUUACUUUCGGCCGAUAAGGAGGAAGGACUGAAAAAUACCAAGAGUAUCAAUGGGAACAAGCUGCCCGCAAAUGAUGAGAAUAAGCAACAUGGUGAAUUGGAAAGGAACGCACCGACACCUACAACCUUUGCGGAGAUUCGUUCGUUUGGAUUUACAUCACCGAUACCGCUUAAUAACGCAUUUCAAGUUACCGAUACUGUUCCUGCUGUUUCGGACUCAUCUGCACCACAAACUUCCCUUUCCUUGUUCCGUGAGAUGACCACUUUUGUAUUUAAGUCGCCUGCACUGCUGAAUGAUUCAUCUCAAAUCGCCAAUUCAGGUCCCACAAAGUCCAACGAGUUUCUGUCUUUUCCUCGCGAAAAGCCAACAUUUGUGUUUGCCUCGACUAUAGUGCUUGGUAACUCCACUGAACCAGUUCAAGCAGCGACCAUGUCGUUCAAAUUUGCAGCACCAAAACAAUUGGAUGUUCCGGACGCACCAAAGGUACGUUCGUUCCAGGAUCUGAUGGCAGAAUCUGCCGCCAAAUGGUCGUGUGAUGUUUGUAUGAUCCGUAACGAACCACACCAGCAGAAGUGCAUUGCGUGUGAAAGCCCCAAGCCAUUGGAAGUUCCGGACGCCCCGAAGGUACGUUCAUUCCAGGAUCUGAUGGCUGAAUCAGCCGCUAAAUGGGCGUGUGAUGUUUGUAUGAUCCGUAACGAACCACACCAGCAGAAGUGUAUUGCGUGUGAAAGCCCCAAGCCGUUGGCAGUUCCGGACGCCCCGAAGGUACGUUCAUUCCAGGAUCUUGUGGCGGAAUCUGUCACGAAAUGGGCCUGUGAUGUGUGUAUGAUCCGUAAUGAACCACACCAGCAGAAGUGCAUUGCAUGUGAAAAUCCCAAACCAUUGGCAGUUCCGAACGCACCAAAGGUACGUUCGUUCCAGGAUCUGAUGACCGAAUCAGCCACCAAAUGGGCGUGUGAUGUUUGUAUGAUCCGUAACGAACCACACCAGCAGAAGUGCGUUGCAUGCGAAAGUCCCAAGCCGGCCACGCAGCCAGCGAAGCAAAAAGAAGCGUUUCUUCCAGCUGGUACCAGCAUCGCCAAUACCACAACUUCCGGCAGCUUUACUGCGAUUGUCAACGCGCAGUCUAGUCGCUGGGAAUGUGAGGCAUGCAGCGUACGAAACGAUCCCACGGCAACGGUUUGUGUUUGCUGUGCAACGGAAAAACCGUCCGGGAAAACGGCAUAG